AUGAAGAAGGGUGGAACUAUCAAUUGCUGCACUCCUUUGCUUCACAAGUGGAUCAUAUUCCACUUACCGAAGAAAGGGUCAUUUGUUGAUAAAGUAGGUGCUUUGAAAUGGUCACAACGGUUGAUGUCGUUAGAUGCUGAAGACGUCAUCUGGCAUAGCCAUGAUUAUUUGAGGGUAGAGUUGAUCUUCCAUUGUGGGGAGUUUCCGAAUGUUCCGCUCAUCAGCAUAAAAGGGGGUUUGAUCAAUUAUAACCCUGUUCUCUUAUUGCAUCAGUUAGGAUAUCCACUCAAGGAGAAGCCUGAGCACCGCCUAUUGGAAGAACUACUUUUAGCUGAAGGGGUUGAAAAUCUAGAUCUGAUGAAGAAAGUGCGCAGAGCCUGGGGCAAGAUACAUCGUAUUGGAAAGAAAGAAAUGGGCAAACAACUUUGUACCGCAACAACACCGUAUGCUAAUUGGGUGAAGUUAACAUCCAAGAUGAUCAAAUUGCCAUACCCAUGGGAACCUUCCAUGUGUAUCAAGACUAUCAAACCACCUGUCGCCGUUAUUUCUGAAGUGGAUCACCUUAAAGAGACCAUCAGGAAGUUGGAGAAGGAGAAUGUCGGCCUCCGUUCCAAUCUAGGAAAGGUCACCUCAAAAAAGGAUGCUCUAAAAACCAACCUCAGUCAGAAGAGAGAAAGGUUCAACAAAGCAGAUACCGACAUUCAGAUUGAACAGAAUAAGAGAAGGAAGGUGGGAGAUGCCUUGAAGGGAUCUUUUGAGACCAUUACAAACAAGAAAAAGUAA